GAAUAUUUACAACCAAACGCCGACCAAAGGAGUCUAGCUUUGUGCGUCUCUCUCUCUAAAUUCUGCGAAAUUCACUUUACUUGCUCGAUCAAGGAAAAGGAUCCAACUCUCACUCGCUCUCCUUCAGCUGCUCUUCUACGCUAAAAAUGACUCGCGGAAACCAAAGGGAGCGCGAUCGAGAACGAGCUCAGGCUCGCACCGGCAAGGGCCCUAAGAGCAAGGACGACGGAUUGACCCCCGAACAGCGUCGCGAAAGAGACGCGAAAGCGCUGCAAGAAAAGGCAGCGAAGAAGUCUGCCCAGGCUGCCGCGGGAGGGGAAACUUCGGGAGGUAAAGGGAAAAAUGUUAAGAAAUAAACAGAAUUCGCUGGGGUUUCUUUGAAUUGUAAUUAUUGUGUUAAAUUUAAGAUCUACUUAUCCUUGCUUGAUAAUUUGAAGUGGAUUGGAGAUUGAUUGGGUUGUGGGGUUUGAAAUCUGGAUGAUGUUGGAUAACAGGUGAUGUGUUAUUUAAGGAUCUCUAUUUCUUAUCUUUUUAA